UCUUUUUAUCCAGUAUCAUGGUCAAAUUCAGUUUAGGAAAGUUCUCUAUCUUUCUUCUGAUCGUAGCACAAACUGCAGCAUUGGUCUGUUUCGUUCUGCAGCUGCAUUACAGCCCUUCUGCUCCGGUCAAGACGCAUGAACGGACGCACGUGCUCAUCCUGUCUUCGUGGAGAUCUGGAUCUUCAUUUACCGGGCAAAUAUUCAGCCAACACCCCAACGUCUUCUACUUAAUGGAACCAGCAUGGCAUGUGUGGUCUACAAUGUAUCAGAACAGCGCUAAAGUAUUGCAUAUGGCGGUGCGGGAUCUGAUCCGCUCGGUGUUUCUGUGUGAUAUGUCGGUGUUUGAUGCUUAUUUGCCAUCACAUAAGAUCAAAUCAAGCCUGUUUCAGUGGGAGACCAGUCGCGCUCUAUGUACCCCGCCAGCGUGUGAAGCUUUCGAACGACAUGAGGUCAUUUCGCAGAGUGACUGCAGAACUCUCUGUGGUAAAUAUCCAUUUGAGACCAUUAGGCAAGCUUGUAGAACAUACAGCCAUAUUGUUCUUAAAGAAGUGAGAUUGUUUGAUUUAAAGGUGCUCAACCCGCUACUCCAGGAUCCGUCUCUUAACCUCAGGAUAAUUCACUUGGUACGAGAUCCCCGUGGCGUUUUCAACUCUCGGCUAAAGAGAACCGAUGAGCUCAGUAGGGACAGUGAUAUUAUUAUGGGGCAGAAAGCAGAACCGGACAUGGUUAGGGAAUACAAGGUGAUGGAGGAGAUCUGUAGGAGCCAAGCUGAGAUGUAUCAUAUGGCCACGAAGCAGAGCCCCAACAUUCUUCAUGGCCGCUACCUGACCGUGCGUUAUGAAGACAUAGUCAAUGAACCUAUUGUAAAGGCCAAGCAGAUGUACCAAUUUGCAAACCUUCAAUUUACCUCCAGACUUAAGACGUGGAUACACAACAUAACGCAUGGCAAAGGACAAGGAGAAGGUUUCAUCAUAACUUCUAGAGAUGCCCAGAACGUGUCCAAAGCAUGGAGGAACGCUCUGCCCUUUAAAACAAUUCAGACAAUACAAAAUAUUUGUGCUGAAGCCAUGGGAGUAUUUGGCUACCAGAUUCUGGCAAAAGAAGAGGAUCAGAAAGACUCCUCAUUAGAUCUUCUCUUACCGUGGCAGAGCAAGUCUCAGAGAAAAAAUCAGCAGUCCAAGCAUCAAUGAGGGACUAACUAAUUUAGGACUAUUUAACAAACACUUGGAGCAGGGUCAUGAAUG